AUGGAGGCUUUGUUGUUAAGUCCUACUGUGGAAGCAGUUGAGAACUUAAGUAGGAAAGAUUUGAUAACAGUUGUCAAAAAGUUAAACCUGGACUAUAUUGUUACUCAGACCUCUAGGGUGUUGAAGGACAAAGUUAUUGUUUACUUCAUUAAUGAAGGCAUGUUAGAUGAGAGUCUCCUUUCUGAAGUUUUGGCACGGGAAGUGAAAAUUGUUGAUAGGGAGUUUGAGGCCAGACUAAAGUUAGAAAGAGAAGUUCAGAUGAAGCGGUUAGAAUAUGAGUUUGGUAUUAUUGGCAGUAGUUUGAGGUCAGGAGGUCCUUCUCAGUUGUCUGUGGCCCAAACAUUGGCCCAGUUUUGCAAAUUAGUCCCUAAGUUUGAUGAGUCAGAUCUUGUCGUAUUUUUUAAUACAUUUGAGAACAUGGCUGAAAGUUGUCAAUGGCCUAGUAACGUAGUCACGACGUUACUAAGCACUGUUUUAAUUGGUAAGGCUGCCACCACAUACCAGGCACUCUCUCGCGAAGUCCAGUCAGAUUACAAAAAGGUCAAGGCUGCCAUUCUGAAGGCUUACGAAAUAACUCCAGAAGCCUACAGAAUUAAGUUCAGAAAAAUUAGGAAACAACAGAACCAAACCUAUGUUGAGUUCCUUUUUGAAAAAGAAAAAGUCUUUUCAAGAUGGCUCCAUUCUGAGAAUGUCGACGACUUCGACAAACUCAGAAGUCUGAUACUGAGAGAAGAUUUCCUCAACGCAGUACCUGAAGAGAUCAGACUACACAUCUUGGAUAACCGAAUAACAGACAUCAAAAGGGCAGCAGAAUCAGCUGAUACAUACGAGCUGGUACAUAAGAAGUCACAGGGUUCUGGUACCAAAUACAAUCCGGUACUACCUCUCAUCAGCAACAAUCCCUCUGCUGGCCAGUUGCUGAGAUCUCGUCAAUCAACACAGAUACCCAGAGUCACAGCCAGGCGACUGAUCUGCCAUUAUUGUUCCAAGCCUGGGCACAUCAUCAAGAACUGUUUCCUGCGACAGCGAGACAACAGAGAGUAUGUACGAACAUCUCGUAACGCUCUCCCCCACCAAGCAAGUCCAAAGGUGAACCUCGCCCGUCGUGAUGACCCUACGCCAGCGUGUCCACAGGGAGGUAACGAAGUGACCACCACUUCCGUUCAGUCAUCUUAUGACUAUCCUCUUCACCAACCGGUUACAUCAACAGCAACCAAUGGUGAAGAAUCGAGAACUGUUGGCUUCACGUCAUUCAUGACAGAUGCUGUCAUCAGCAACCCUGGAGACCCAACAUCAUCGCGGAACAUCGUAGUCCUAAGAGACACUGGGGCUUCUCAGUCACUUUUGCUGAGAGACUCAUUGAACAUCGCUCCAGAAACCAACACCGGUGAUGUCACCAUCAUUCAAGGAGUGGGAGCUGAACCAACAGUAGUUCCACUACAUAAGUUCAACCUGAGACAUCAGCUCAUCCAAGGAGAUGUCAUCCUUGGGGUGAUAGAUUCCAUACCUGUCCCAGGAGAACUGACAACAUUGUAG